UAUUACCAAUUGAUCGUUUACUGGAAUCAACUGUUAUCCGUUUCAUUUGAUUCAUUUGUUUUUAAAUAUCCCCUGAAUCUUCCCACUAAAUUUUAUCGUUAUUACUCUUUUGUUGAUAAACCUUUUAAUUUUUGUGAUAAGAGAUGCUGCUUUGAAUUCAAGCGAUCUGUAUUUUUCUGCCUGUCAGAAGUAAAUAAUGUAAAUUGCUUAAAAAUCUACCAAUUAUUUCAAAUUUGAACUUCAAUCGAAUGGUCAUCCCGUCACAUCUAAAUCAACUUUAUUAAACUUCAGAUUAUUUGGGUGCUCUUACUCUGGAUAUUCAUCUCAACAUUGUGAUUUUGUGUUUCUCUUUCAUGGAGAUGAGGUAGAAUCUAUUUCCAUCUGGACUUCAAAGGUAAUUUCAAUCGUCAUCCAAUCAUUUAACUAAUCCAUUGCAGCUUGUCUUAAUUCUUUAUUGUUAAAACAUAACCAACUGUAAAAUAUUUUCGCUGUUUCUGUGAACACUGUUUCUACGGACAUCAAAAUCAGCUGAAGCAGAUACAACAUAAUCCAUGACUGUACAGAUUUUCCCUUCAAUUAUGAUCUAUGAAAGAUGAAUCUUAAUUUUUUCAAGAGAAAAGCUAAUAAAAACCGAGAGAAUGGAAUCAAUGCAAUACUCUCAAUGGGGAAUGAAAUUAUUCAUACAUCAAAUGAACCAUCAAUUGAUAGGAUUCUUGAUGUCACUAAAUCCCCUUCAUCGACACGUAAUAACAGCCUCUCUAGCAUUGCUCUCCGAGCUAGCCUUAAUUCACCUGGUUUAUCAUCUCAUCGUAACCUCAAUCGCAGUCAUCAGAUGCAUAUCGCUGAAGCCAUAUAUGAUGAAAAGAAACCACUAGAAACUCGCUCACGGUUGUCUCCUACCUUAAUUGAAAUUCUCAAGGACCAUGAAAGUCUUUCAUACUUUGUUCAAUUCAUGGAAUCUCGUGGAUCAACAUCUAAACAAUUAAUUCGUCUUUGGAUACAACUGGAAUGUUUCCAGAGAUUCUCCAAGGAAUUUACACCGUCAGAGAUUGAUUUUAAAAUUGAUGCUGAAGGAAUAUGGGAAAAGUUUCUUAGUGACGAUAAAUACAAGCAACUAGGUAUUCCAGAAUCUUGCGUUAAAACUAUAAAAUCCAGGUUAACAGACAGCUCCUCGUCAGUUGGAGGAGACUUAUUCAAAGAUUUGGCUGAAUGGAUAGUGAAUAACUUGUCUGCUAAUUACUUCAACCAGUAUUGCAAAAGCUAUUACUUCUGUAAAUAUCAAGUUUCAGUUUUAACCAGUGGCCAUUUGAGGUUGGCUGAUAUUCUUUACAAUGAUUCAACAUUAUUUUAUUUUAUGGAAUUCAUGGAGCAUGAAUCAAUGAACCACUACAUUGAUUUUAUGGUGAUGGCUGAAAAUGUUCGCAAAACUGAUUGUACAAAGGAUGAUCUGUUAAUCUUGUACCAAAGAUUUUUUGUACCCGAUUCACCAAGCUAUUUGGAGUUGAGUGAGAAAAUUAAGUGCCAAACAGAAGAAGCGGUUAAUCGUGGCGAUAAACAUUGUUUUGAUAAGACCAUUUCUAUUUUGAUGCAAUAUUUCGAGGAAACAUAUUUUCAACAAUUUCUUUCAAGUCAAACCUUCUUUUCUUUCCUUGAUGAAGCAAUCAAAGCGUUACAAAUUAACAGUGAGUCCAUACCUGCAUCAAGAACUCGCCGAGAUAGUGGAAGUAGUGAUCGCUCAGGCCAUUUCACAUCGCAACCAAGUUUAUCCUCAUCUUCAUUAUCCGUGGCCAAUUUUGGUCGUGAUUUGUGUAAUAAGGCAAGCCUGUCAAAUUUGGACGAUUAUGAUUCUAUCUGGAGAAGAGAUUAUGCAACAGAUUUGCAAAUGGUUACUGUUGACCGAUAUGGGAAAGUAAUCUCACAUUUUCAACCCGAACCUAAUCGAAAGUCAAAUGGCUUAAGCUUAUCAAGAGCAGUUAAAAUGUUCAGACAAAAUUCAAUGGAAGAAAAGGAAAAAGAAGAGUUAGCAUAUAAAGUUGCCCAGAUGAUUAUUGAUGAUGUUUUUAGUGUAACGCAAGCUUCCAGCUCCUGAGGAAUCAAGAAAUGCGACAGAAAUAUUUUAUCAAUAACUAAUUGAAAAAAGAUUAUCAUUGUUUUUUAUGCUUUUCAAAAAUAAUAUCAAGACAUAAUUCAAAUUUGUCAGAAGAGUUUGAUUGUAUUUUCAAAAGACUGCUAGUGGAAAUAUAGUUUUCAUUUCUACCCAUUACUAUGCUUACAAACGAUGUAAUUUGCAAUCAAAAUCAAUUGUCUUCAGACUGAAAUUUUUGCAGAUCAAUCACCUAUAUCAUGGCAAGAAUAUCUUUGAAUGUACCUCGAUGGAUGAAAAUCACAAACUUUACUGAUAACUCCCGGUGAAAGAUCUUGGUUGAUUUGAAUGCCUGUUUUGCUGAGUAUAACGACUGCUGUUGAUCAAUGCUCCCGAAUAUACAAUUAAAUUGAUAUUCAUUCAAUCAAAAGCAACGUCAUAAAAGUUCACAGACAUGAUACAAGAUAAAAGAAAAGGAUGAAAUAUUUUCCAAAGAAAAAUUGCUUAACUAAAGAUUGGAUCGCAAAAGCAAAGAGCUUUAUGAUAAGGGGGAACAUUUGAUUCAGUGUUUAGCCGAUUCUUUCUUUAAAAUAUACUUUCACUUCUCCACUCUACUAUAAAACUUGGAUACAAUUGGAUUAUAUUGUAAACCUUUCAGGCCAUGGUUUUCCGUUUGCAGGAAUAAGCAAUCAAAAAGCAAUCAAUAUCGUCACUGUUGUUUAUAUAUUUGAUAACUUUCACUCUAUAAUUAGAUGAAUGACAAAAAAAAAUUAGCAUAAAAUUACAGGAAUUGUUUCAUGUACUCAAACUCUUAAGCAUGGUGCUUGUUUACCUUCACACCUGAUCAAUCCCCGAACAUGUUUGGAUUGCAAUAACCUUAAUCAUCAGCAUGCUGUGGAAUCGCUUCUAAUCCAUCGAUUUUGCAUUGACAAUAUUAAUGAUCAUUUUCAUGUUAAUUAUUCAGUAUUUUUAACCCAUGUCAAUAAGAUGUCUAUUUUCACUAUAACAUACCAAGCUAGAUAAAUAUUAAAAAUGUACAAUGUUAAAAAUUGAUAAUGUCUUACCAUAAAUGCAUUUAACUGUAUAAUGGAGUUCAUCGUUUGAUUAAAUUCUCUAAUUAAAUCCAUACUCAUAAAAAAUU